ACAAUGCAACGCGUCGUUUUUAGACAUCCGAGGUCACCGCCGUGAAUGUCACUAGAUAAUUAUACAGCAGUGUUGUGUAUUUUUCAUCACUUUUCAACAAAUGUUUUGACGUCGAGUUAUUUGUGUAAUCCAGAUCAACAUGGCGGAGGAAGAGUUCACAGACAUAAAUGGCAACUCAAUUUCUUUAGAUUGUCAAACGCACUCCGCUUUCUGCAGAGAGUUUACUGUUAACUCGCCCAAGCUGUCGUUGCGAAAGGUGAUGGUGUACACAUGCUUGAUUUGGAUAUUUGCUUAUUCAAUAUUUUUCUUCACGGAGAAUACGGCUUUCCUCUCGAGCGCAAUCAUCGUGACGCUGAUCGGAAUGAUGGGUUAUAUUCACUUCGUGAAGGUGGAUCGGGAGACGCUUCUUAUCAUCGGCUCACUUGGUGUCCAGCUGUCUUCAGCUUACGCAUCUGGACGACAAAGCACGACCUUCAUUGAAAUGAACAAACUUAAAGACAUUGUUAUCAACGAGGCUGUUUAUAUGCACAGUAUCAUAUACUAUCUGUGCAUUCUGAUCAAGGAUCCAGUAGAUCCUGACAAGGUCACCAGUCUUGUUCCUCUUUUCCAGAACUCAAAGCCUCGACUGAAUUGUCUAGUGCACGUGUACAGAAGCUGUCAAGAGAUUCUUGCACAAACAAGGUGACGGAGAGGUAAUGCUUAUGUGGUACCUGCUGUAGAUUUUUUACAUAAUUUACAUUGUUCCAUCUAUAUAUGCUUUAUAGCUGUGUGUUUCUUUUACCUCACAAAGUCUUUCUAUGAAGCAGGAUAAGAUUGGAAAACUCCAGAGGAAACUUAAGUGUGUUGUUACCUACAGUGCCAUUCCCUUUCUAAUGUAGGCUUUAGUAGUGAUUUGUUUGGUAUGUUUUGUUCACAUAAAAUUAGCUGCUAUAAUACCCUUUAUUUAAAACAUUGUUAUAUAAUGAUCAGACGUUUAGUACUCCAUUUUAACUGUAUAUUUAUAUAAACUUCUCUCCUGCUGAUUUUGGUAUUUACGCUCUUUAAUAUGUUUGUGUUUUUAUAUAAAUGUCAAAAGUGUGAUUAAUAAAGAGAAAUCAUGUACACUGUUAAACAUUUUGGUCAAUAAAAUGUUUAUCAAAUUGGCUUAACAAUUAAUUCGAACUACUAUAGAUUUUUAAAUGUAUUUACAUUAUGUUUUGUUUUUCAUUUAGACCUUAAACAACCACUAGGUGGACAUGUGUGCCGAUUUUUUACCUGGAACAAAAUCCUGACCAAAAUCAGUUUGUCAGAUAUUGAUGAUGAAAUUUUUCCUGUUAGGUGCUACUCUGAUUUUAACAAACCAAUAUUUUAUUUAGAGCUUUAUUAUUUUCAUGACAUUCUCUCAUUAAAGAAUCAGUGAACAUGUAAAACUAUAUUGCAAGGACUAAAGUAAACUCUUUGACAAACCGGGUGAUUUUAAGAUAAUUUUUUCCCCAAACAGCUUGUAAAAUGUUUCCCCUCCCCGGUAGAUGUCGGUGAAUGUUGUAGCCAGGUCAGAUCAGCUGAUCGGCUUGUUUUCACUGUGGAGCUGGACAAAGUUUAAGCCUGAUGGGAAAUGUAGUUCAUUGUUUACAAAUCCUACAACAAUGAUCCUUUCCAUUUUUAAAGUGAACUCUUUUUUUAUUUUGAUAGUAUAGCCAUGAAAAAGUACCAACUUACCAUCUUCUUUAUAAAUUUACAAAUGAGUCUGUCCCUCUAUUCUAUUUUCUGUAUUUUUAUAUAAACCAAACUCCAGCUGAUUUUGGUAUAUACAUUCUUUAAUAUGUUAGUGUUUUAUAUAAAUGUCAAAGUGGAUUAAUAAAGAAAUUUAAUAAGGAAAAUUAUCUGCACUGUUUAACAUUUUUCUCACUUAAAUGUUUAUCAAAUUGGCUCAACAAAUAAUUUGAACUACUUUAGAUUUUUAAUUUAUUUACAUUACGUCAUUUACAGUGAUUUGUUUCUGUCUUUUGACAAUAAACAACCACUAGGAGGACACGUGUGGCAAUUUUUGAACCUGGAACAAAAUCCAGACCAAAAUCAGUUCGUUAGAUAUUGAUGAUGAAAUCAAUAAUUUCCUGUUUGGUGCUCUCUGAUUUUAUCAAACCAACAUUUAAUUUAGA